AUGCUGCCGGCCAUCCUUCUCCUCUUCCUGGGAGGCACUGUGGCCCACCCAGAUAGGCUCAUUUUCCCGAAUCCUGCCUGUGAGGACCCACCAGCGGUGCUCUUGGAAGUACAAGGCACCUUACAGAGGCCUGUGGGCCGGGACAGCCGCAGCUCCCCUGCCAACUGUACCUGGCUCAUCCUGGGCAGCAAAGAGCAGACGGUAACGGUCAGGUUCCAAAAACUGCAUCUGGCCUGUGGCUCAGAGCGCUUAACCCUGCGCUCCCCCAUCCAGCCGCAGCUCUCCCUGUGCGAGGCACCUGCCAGCCCUGUGCAGCUGCCUGGAGGCAACGUCACCAUCACCUACAGCUAUGUCGGGGCCAGAGCGCCCAUGGGCCAGGGCUUCCUGCUCUCUUAUAGCCAAGAUUGGCUGAUGUGCCUGCAGGAGGAGUUCCAGUGCCUGAACCACCGCUGCGUGCCCCUGCUCCAGCGCUGUGACGGGGUCGACGCCUGUGGCGACGGCUCUGAUGAGGCAGGUUGCAGCUCAGACCCCUUCCCUGACUUGGCCCUAGCUCCUGUCCUCACCCCACCCUGCAAUCACACAUUAGAAGACUUCUAUGGGGUCUUCUCCUCUCUCGGAUACUCACACCUGGCCUCAGUCUCCCACCCCCAGUCUUGCCGCUGGCUCCUGGACCCACGCGAUGGCCGGCGCCUGGCCGUGCGCUUCACGGCCCUGGAUCUAGGCUAUGGGGAUGCGGUGCGUGUGUAUGACGGCUCGGGUCCCCUCGAGACUCUCCGGCUACUGCGCAGCCUCACCCACUUCAGUAAUGGCAAGGCUGUCACCGUGGAGACGCUGUCUGGCCAGGCCACAGUGGACUACCACACAGUCCCUUGGAGCACUGGUCGGGGCUUCAAUGCCACCUACCACGUGCGGGGCUACUGCUUGCCUUGGGACCGACCGUGCGGCUUAGGCUCUGGCUUGGGGGCUAGUGAAGGCCUCAGCGAGCGCUGCUACAGCGAGGCGCAGCGCUGCGACGGCUCAUGGGACUGUGCAGACGGCACAGACGAGGAGAACUGCCCCAGCUGCCCAGCUGGACACUACCCCUGUGGGGCCGCCGGCACCCCUGGGGCCACAGCCUGCUACCUGCCCGCUGACCGCUGUAACUACCAGACUUUCUGUGCUGAUGGAGCAGACGAGAGACGCUGUCGGCACUGCCAGCCGGGCAACUUCCGGUGCCGGGAUGAGAAGUGUGUGUAUGAGACGUGGGUGUGUGACGGGCAGCCGGACUGUGCUGAUGGCAGUGACGAGUGGGACUGCUCCUACGCCCUGCCCCGCAAGGUCAUUACCGCCGCCGUCAUCGGCAGCCUCGUGUGCGGCCUACUGCUGGUCAUCGCCCUGGGCUGCACCUGCAAGCUCUAUGCCAUCCGCACCCAGGAGUACAGCAUCUUCGCCCCCCUCUCCCGGAUGGAGGCUGAGAUUGUGCAGCAGCAGGCGCCUCCCUCCUACGGGCAGCUCAUUGCUCAGGGCGCCAUCCCCCCUGUAGAGGACUUCCCUACAGAGAACCCUAAUGAUAACUCUGUCCUGGGCAACCUGCGUUCUCUGCUACAUAUCCUGCGCCAGGACAUGACUCCAGGGAGCACCUCAGGUGCCCGCCGCCGCCAGCGAGGCCGCUCUAUGCGCCGCCUGGUGCGCCGUCUUCGCCGCUGGGGCUUGCUUCCCCGAAGCAACCCUCCAGCCCGGACCCCUGAAACCAGAUCCCAGGUCACACCAUCCGCUGCUCCUCCUGAGACCUUAGAUGGCAGUACAGGUCCAGCCCAUGAGGGCGGGGCGGUGGGCGGGCAGGAGGGGGAACAGGCACCCCCGCUGCCUGUCAAAGCCCCACUGCCACCUGCCAACACAUCCCCAGUCUUCCCUACUGUCCCUGAAGCCCCAGGGCCGCUGAGUGCGGUGCCCCUGGAGCCAUCACUGCUGUCUGGAGUGGUACAGGCCCUGCGAGGCCGCCUCCUGCCCAGCCUGCGGCCCCCUGGACCAACCCGAGCGCCACCUGGACCCCACACAACAGUCCUGUCCCCAGAGGAUGAGGACGAUGUGCUGCUGGUGCCACUGGCUGAACCCGGGGUCUGGGUGGUCGAAGCGGAGGAUGAGCCACUGCUGGCCUGA